UAUUUCUAUUGUAUGUAAAGAAUCCAAACAGUACAUCUCUCCACAAUAGUGUCAAAUCUUCAUAAAUGUGUUCAAUUAUAAACCUACUGAUGUUGUAAAGAAUUGCUAUUUCUUAUGCAAGUGACCAGCCUACUGCUAAAUACAUGGCUACAACUCACAGUAAAGCCUGUGGGGUCCCCUACAGGAUAGCUCCCACAUUACACACAUAAUCUCCCUUUUUAGUCGAACACUGUGUGCCCGAAGAGGAUUCUACGAUGACGGACAGACAACUGAGCCAAUGGCGGAAGACUACAGACUACACCCCAGCUGAACCAAUCCAAAGAUCCGAUCUCCCAGAAUCAACCUACUUUCUGUGCCGUAUAUUAGGGCUGUACUGAUUCUUAACGGCCUCUUUUCCUGCUGUUCUGUGCGAGCGAACGGGAGAGCCGUAUUUACGUGUACCAGAUAUUCUCACUCUGAAAUAAACUGUCGCUUGUCGUACAAAUUUUACCACCUUGUCUGAAUCGAUCCUUGACCGGCUCGCCCUUCUACAUACCCUAUUAUUAACAAUGUCUUGCCAGUUUUCUUACAUGCAUAUAAUGCCAAAAAAGAUGCAACACUGUUUCUGUGUGGUCAUUACAAAAGGAGCAAUUUGAGUUUGUUUUCCUUAAACUUCUUCAUAUAGUGGUUGGCAGGAUAAUAUUUAUGAAUCAUUUUAAAGGAAACUUCCUUAAUUUUGUUAACAAGUAAGGUAUGUGUGUGGCAACAUCCAAACUUUUUUCAGUCAAUUUGAGUAACGUUAUUGUGUAUUCCGCUCAAUGAUCACAACGUCAUUUAGCAACUUUUAGCAACAAAUCGACCUGCCUCUAGCAACUUCCCCUGAAAAUCAGUUGGCAACACUGCUCUCCUCGCCUCUUUCUCAAAAUCCAUUGGAUGAGAAAACCAGCUGGUCCAGACCUUCUGACCUGCUCCUCCAAUGGGUUUUUAGAGAGAGGACGCGAGGAGUGACAAUUGAGAUUCUCCCAUUUUUUUGUCAGCACGGUCAUCUAGCUAGCUACAGUCAUACAAUAUACGAUGGCAACGUUUUUCGGAGAGGUUUUAUCUGUUUACUCGCGUGCAGUCGAAGAAGACGACGAUGAUCUGGAUGAUGAAAACGAAGAUGAGCGAAUUCACAGAGAGAUAGAAGAAAAGAGGGAGGUCCAUAUUGUGUGGUGCCCUGAAGUCGCACAAUCACUUGAGGACUCUGGCAGCAACAAAUUGCAAUGCUCAGACCUCAUCAUUGCCGUGGGCACUAAUGCUGCAGGAUUUCUGUCUGCAUAUGUGUUGAACACUGAAAGCUGGGAUGCAGUGGGCCAUGUGUCACUAUGGAAUGAGAGGAGUAGGGGCUCCAGUAGACAGAGCAUUGCCCCACUGCCUGGAGAGCCAGCCUGCCUCUUCUACCGACACAGGGACAACCCAGCAGUCCUGGUCUGCCAAAGCACUUGUUACAUUGCGGAGGACCAACUGUUUCAAUGGACAGAAAAGGUGUUUGGCUGCCUCCAGAAGAGAGGGCUCACUGUGAUGGUGCUGUCGGACAGCCCUGUGGCUGAGUACAAAACGCCAGACUACCUCUACGGUAGCGAUGUCCCUUUCCUACGCUCCCUCAAGAGCAGUGCCUCCAAGGGCCAGGCCCUCUGCCCUGCACUAGAGCAGCCAAACAUCCUCACUGGACUGCCAGCUGCAGUACUGAGCCACUGCCAAGUCCAUCAGAUUCCAGCUGUUCUGUACCAAUGCUACACUGAUGUCAUCAGCCCAGACUCUAUCACCAUGGAAACCUACAAACCUGCCCUGUUGUGUCUAAGCAAGUUGGUCAAGUUGGAGCCUUGUCUGAGCGCUGACGUCCUCCGAAAGUUUGCCAUAAUCACUGAGGCUCAGAGUAAUCUGUAUACUUAAAUGUAGAAGAUGUAUUUGUACUGAACAGGCUCUGUAUUUGUCUUUUACCUAAUGAACAGGUUCACUUUAUUUUAACCAAAUCUGUAUUUUGGAUGUAUAUGGCAUUUUAUAGAAGUGUCCAGACACUUUUUUGCAAUUUCACUUGGUUUUGAGAAACUUACCCCACCUGCCAUAGACUUCCUCAUGCGCGUUCUGCAGUUGCAGGCGCACAGAUAUAACAUGAACAAAAGCUCCAAAAACACCCAAAUAAGUCCUUUUAAAAACAGCAUUGCUCUCAGUAUAACGAUGCAACUCUUUAGACGUCAUUCCAAACUUUAAAUUCUAAUUUGUUGACUCAAGUGAUACUUCUCCGUGUAGGCCUUCUCCGGGCAUUUCUCAAGACCUGCAUUGCUAUACUGAGAGCAUUACCGUUUCUAAAAGGAUGUAUUUGGGUGUUUUUGAAGAGUUUGUUCAUGUUUUAUCUGUGACCCUGCAACUGCAGAACAAGCAUGAUGAAGUUUAUCACCAGUGGGGUAAGUUUGUCAAAACCAAGUGAAAUACAAAGUUUGGACACUUCCCAUAACAUUCCGUUUACAAAAAAACUUAACCUUUUCAUUUAAACUGUAAAAUAAUAUGUAAGUAAUGUUUUUUAAUUUGGAAGAAGUGAAGGGCACCUUAAUUGAAAAUAAAAAGGUACAACACUCA